AUGAAGCUCUCUUCAGUGUUGCUGAGCCUCUCGGCCCUCACCCAGUCCGUCCUUUCACACCCUCUCGACCUUCCCUUCUCUCUCAGCGACGAUGAGCUCAACUUCCUCGACAAGCGGCAGUCGCAAGUUGUGCCAGUCACCGGCGCGUCUGGCAACACCCAGCCCCGGUUGGAGAUCAGGCAGAUGCAGUCCAGCAAGCCAAACCAGUUCACACUCCUCAUUCUCGCCAUGCAGCAGUUCCAGGCACAAGCACAAACAGACGCGACGUCAUACUACCAGAUCUCUGGGAUCCACGGUGUUCCCAGGCAGGACUACAGCGGCGUCGGACAGUGCAGCACAUGCUCGGGCUCAGAUGGCUACUGCACGCACGACUCUGUGCUCUUCCCGGCAUGGCACCGCGCCUACAUUGCUCUAUAUGAGCAACAGUUCUUGAAGGUGGUGCACAACAUUGCAAACACAUGGCCUAAGACGGGCGCCAAAACAACGCGACUUCAGAUGCGGAGAGCUGCCCAGACGAUGCGCUGGCCCUACUGGGACUGGGCUGCUGCGCCGCCAAACGGUGGAAACAACCUGCCUGACGCUGUGAGCUCUGCGACUCUCACAAUCAAUGGGCCCACUGGCCAGCAAACCAUCUCGAACCCUCUCUACUCGCACACCUUCUCCGACAGCAGCAAGCUCGUCUACAGCCCGUUCAACAAGUGGAAGAGCACCCUCCGAUACCCUACGAGCGAUGCCGUGGACGGGACCAGCGACGAAGCCAGCUGCAUCACCAACUUGAACAACGUCCGCCCUUCCCUUCAGGACCAGAUCUACCAGCUUUUCACGACUUGCAAAGACUACGCGCACUUCAGCAAUGACCACGCUGGCAGCAGCAGCACUAGCUGCUCCAACAGCCUCGAGGGCAUUCAUAAUACCAUUCACACGACGGCUGGGGGUGUGCCUUCGACGGCUGUCAAGACUGUCGGACACAUGUUCUACCUCGCGGAGGCUGCAUUUGACCCCGUAUUCUGGCUCCAUCACGCCAAUGUCGACCGUAUCUUUGCCAUGUGGCAAGCGAUCAACCCGAACGCGUACGGCGCCUCCCAAGUCGCUCCUCACAACACCUGGACGAUCGCCAAGGGUACCACCCAAGACGCGAACUCGCCAUUGACACCCUUCUACCGCGACGCAUCUGGCUCCAGCUUCUGGACCACCACCGACGUGCAGGACUGGACGGUGUUCAAGUACACCUACCCCGAAUUCGUCAACAGCGACGGCAGCAGCUCCGCCAUCCAGAGCUACGUCAAGGCACUCUACGGCCCGACCGCAACCGCCACUGCGGGCUCCUCCAAGCGCACUGCCAUGCCCUCGUCGCCAGAAGACUGGCUCUCCGCAGUCAAGCCAACCGGCCUCCCCUCCCUCCCCGACUUCCUUCCCCCAGGCCUCCUCUCCUCCCUCAGCGCGCCCAACGGCAGCACGUACGAAUACGUCGCCAACAUCCAAGCCCCGCGCUACGCCCUCGGCGGCUCCUACUACAUCUUCCUCUUCCUCGGCAGCCCCGAUAGCGAGGAGCCCACCACCUGGAUCAACGACGACCACCUGGUCGGCCCCAUGGGCGUGCUCGCGCAGGACACCAUGAAAGGCGCCAACGUCACCGUCGCCGGCUCCAUUCCCAUCACCCGCGCCUUGACCACCAAGAUCCAGUCCGGCCUCCUCGGCGAGCUGUCGCAGAUGAUCGUCACGCCCUUCCUCGAGAACGCGCUCGAAUGGCGCAUCCUCGGCCCCGACGGAACGAGCGUCGACCCGGAGAGCAUCCCCGGCUUCGAGGUCUCGGUCUACGCUUCCACUGCCACUGAUCCCGAUGACAAGUUCUGCUUGCCAGAGUGGUCGGAGUUCAUUCCUCUGCCUUCUGUGACGAAGUCGAAGAAGGGCGGCUUCCGCGGCUUCGGCUUCAAGCCUCCGAUGGGUCAUCCGCAUGGUCCCCCAGGCCCUCACGGUGGGCCGCCAGGGAUGGAGGGAGCGGGAUGGAUCGAUUGCGGGUGCGAUGACGAGUAA